CUAAUAUGUAGUUCGUUUCUUUUUUUCACAUAUUACAUAUCCACUUAGUGUUCAAAAAUUUUCUUUUGCCUUUUGGCACUGGUUGCACUAAUGACUCAAUCGCCCACCGCCGACGGCGCCAGAAUACUCGCAGCUUUCGUACAUCCAGGCAAAAGUCACUUCCAGAUGCAUCAAACACUAAUUAGCGAGUUGAUAAAACAUGGCCAUCAGGUCACCGUGAUAACCGCGUACACAUUUGAGUCACUCAAAUUAGGCAGCAACUACACUGAGGUACUCAUCGAUCCCAUGUUCGAAAUAUGGAAGUUUGCUAACGAACGUUCCCGCACAAAAUCACUUUACGAAAUGGACAUGAAACCAGGUAGUCUUAUGAAAAUGGCAGAAGCUCUAGGUCUGGCGUCCACCGAACAUGCACUAAAGCAACCAAAAAUACAGGCAAUAAUUAAUGCCAAUCAAACCGAGGGUGUCUACGAUUUACUACUUUCGGAACAAUUUCGACAAGAUGCCUUCCUUGCCUUGGCUCACGUCUAUAAAAUACCCGUUGUCUGCUCUGCUACAUUUGCCAAGCAGCUCUAUAUGAGUCAAAUGUUCGGCCUAAUUACGCCUUGGUCGUAUGUGAGUUCGGGCUUUCUACCACUGCGCGAACGCAUGAACUUUUGGCAAAGAAUUUAUAAUACCUAUUCUGCAAUUGAAAUGGAUUUACAUCGUGAAUUCAGUUACUUUCCAAAAGUGGAUGCGCUUGUACAGAAAUAUUUCGGACAUUUGCCAAUUCAAUUCCCCAGCACUUCGGCUAUGGAGAAGAAUCUCUCGGCCAUGUUCAUCAAUAACCACAUUCCUUUAGCAACGGUUUCACCGACUAUGGACAACAUCGUUAAUGUAGGCGGUAUGCAUAUCUAUCCACCAAAGCCACUUCCUGCAGAUUUGCAGAAAUUGUUGGAUGAGGCCAAGGAUGGCGCCAUUUUCUUUAGCCUUGGUACACAAGUAGAGUCCAAGGAUAUGCCGCUAGAAAAGUUUCAGAUAUUCCUAGACGUCUUUCGGCAGCUAAAACAACGCGUCUUGUGGAAAUUCGAAAACGACAGCAUACCAAAUUUACCCGCCAAUGUUUUAAUUAAAAAGUGGCUGCCACAAAAUGAUAUCUUAGCUCACCCUAAUGUGCGUGUCUUUAUCACUCACGGUGGGCUCUUUGGCACACAAGAAGCCGUUUAUCAUGGCGUACCGGUGUUAGGGAUGCCGUUCUUCUUCGAUCAGUUUGUAAAUGUAAUGAAUGCUGAGGCUUCUGGUCGUGGCAUUUCUUUGGAUUUCCACAAGCUGACACAUGCUGCUUUGAAGAAUGGCCUGGAGCAGUUGAUCUACAACGCCACCUAUCGGGAUACAGCGAAGCGGCUCUCACUCAUUUUUCGCGAUCGUCCAAUGGGCCCGCGUGAGACGUUCCUCUAUUGGAUCGACUAUGUGAUACGUCACAAUGGUGCACGUCAUUUGCGCGCCGCUGGCAUGGAUUUGAAGUGGUACCAAUUCUACUUACUGGACGUAGCUGCUCUGGUUUUAGCUGUUGUUGUAUUGGCAGUCGGAACUUCUGUUUUGUCACUGCGCUGGAUCUUUAGAAAGCUGAUAGCUGGAAAGAGCAAGCAAAAAGUGCAGUAAUAAAUGCUUGUGCAUGUUGAUACCAAAGACUAAAUGUAGGUGAUUUGAAUAGUUGGAAUUUCGAAAUCUACGCCAAUCUUUUGCGGCUAACUGGCUUUAUCCGCUCUCACCGACUUAAAUUUGUAAAACCCGCGAGUACAGCUGAACUGUGCGGCGCAGCCUCAAACAUCUAUGAAGGCCUUGCUGGUUUAUAAAUGUACGAGUACCUUAUUUAAAAGUGUCUACCUUUCACUUUGUUUAAUUUUAUUAAAUAAAUAUAUUCCUCUU